AUGGGCCUUCGUUCCAGAUCGCGGGAGCUGUCUUUCCCUCUCAUCCAUGGCCUUGCCACGGGUGUGACAGUGGAAGAUUUGAAGAAGCAAGUAUCCCUGAUGGACCUGGAGAUUAAGGAAGGCUCUCAAGAGAUGGACUUCGAGCUGAGGCUGAAGAACAAAGGGGAAUUACUGCUUCGAGCUCCCUUUCUCCCUGGCAGAGAUUACAACAUCAGCAUAUCUGCCAAUGAGGACACAAAGGACGGCUUUGGUCUUCCCCUUCUGGCCACCACAGGCAUCAAAACUGGAGAAGCGCUGUUCCAUGAGUUCAGUCCAAUCAUGCCUGGGGAGUUUGCUUUCGACGACAAAUCGUAA